UUACCUCCUGACGAUCGUCAGGUGGGCGGGAUGCGCUGCAUUUGACAAGUAGUUUGUCACUUGAAUCUGACGCUUUCAUCCCAACUCCCUGAUUCACUCUGAUUCACGUAUCUAAACCUUGCGAGAACAGUCGAUUUGCUAGUAACAGAGAGCAAAACAGCAGGCAGUGAUUUAAUCACCAUGGCUACAAUCCGUAGUCUGGAUCAUUCCAAAUCCGAAGCCGAACUUGCCAUCAACAUCAGAAAAGCAACUAGUCCGGAAGAGACGGCGCCGAAACGAAAACAUGUACGAAGUGCUAUCGUUUAUACCUGGGACCACAAGUCCUCCCAGUCCUUCUGGGCUGGUAUGAAAGUGCAGCCUAUUCUUGCCGACGAGGUGCAAACGUUCAAGGCCCUGAUUACUAUUCACAGAGUCUUGCAGGAAGGACACCCCCAGACCUUAAGGGAGGCCAUGGCAAAUCGACCUUGGAUCGACAGUCUGAACAGAGGUUUAGCCGGCGAGGGCGUCCGAGGGUACGGACCCCUGAUCCGAGAAUAUGUCUACUUCCUCCUAGCGAAACUAUCAUUCCACCAGCAGCACCCCGAGUUUAACGGAACAUUCGAGUACGAGGAAUACGUUAGCUUGAAGGCGAUUAACGAUCCCAACGAGGGUUACGAGACCAUUACCGACCUUAUGUCGCUGCAGGACAAGAUCGAGCAAUUCCAGAAGCUGAUCUUUUCGCAUUUCCGAAAUGUUGGGAACAACGAGUGUAGAAUCUCAGCCAUUGUUCCCUUGGUACAAGAAAGUUAUGGAAUUUACAAAUUCAUCACAAGCAUGCUAAGAGCCAUGCAUUCAACAACGGGCGACAACGACGCCUUAGAACCCCUAAGACAGCGUUACGAUGCGCAGCACUACCGAUUAGUCAAGUUCUAUUACGAAUGCUCCAACUUGCGUUACUUGACCAGUUUAAUUACGAUCCCGAAACUACCGCAAGAUCCACCCAACUUGCUCGCAGAAGACGAAAACUCCCCUGCGUUACCAGCGCGACCGAAGCAGGAGAUCGAGCGCGCGCCCACCCCUGUUCGCCCGCCCAAGUCCGAGGAACCCGAUGAGAUCGCCGAGUUCUGGCAGGGUGAGAUUGAUCGGCAGAAUAGGGAAUACGAGGAACAGCAAAGGGUAUUGCAAGAACGUCAAGCAGCAGCCCUUCGUGCUCAACAAGAAGCCCAAAUGCAGGCCCAGCGUGACUUUGAGGAGCAGCAAAGGCUGUUAGCAGAGCAACAGCGUAGGGAACAAGAAGCGCUACUAGCUCAACAAGCUCAAUGGCAGACGCAAGGGCGCCUAGCCGAGCUCGAACAAGAGAACCUGAAUGCGAGGGCCCAGUAUGAGCGCGAUCAACUAAUGUUGCAACAAUACGACCAACGAGUGAAGGCACUUGAGAACGAGUUAGCCCAGAUCCAGAACAACUUUGGUCAACAAUUAACUAGCAAGGAUGACCAAAUCCGAGCCCUACAAGAGCAGGUCAACACAUGGCGAACCAAGUACGAGUCCUUAGCGAAGCUCUACUCCCAGCUGCGUCACGAACAUCUCGACCUACUGCAGAAAUUCAAGACGGUUCAGCUAAAAGCGGCAUCAGCCCAAGAAGCAAUUGAGAAGCGCGAGAAGCUAGAGCGUGAGAUCAAGACCAAGAACCUAGAAUUAGCAGACAUGAUUCGGGAACGGGACCGAGCCCUUCACGAGAAGGAUAGGUUGAGCGGUAGCAACAAGGACGAGGUUGAGAAGCUGAAGCGAGAACUCCGUAUGGCCAUCGACAGAGCCGACAACCUCGAACGAAGCAAAGGCAACGAGUUGUCUACUAUGCUCUCCAAGUACAACAGGGAGAUGGCGGAUUUGGAAGAAGCCCUGCGAACCAAGUCGCGUGCCCUUGAGGAAGCGCAGGCUAAGGUUCGAGAUGGAAGCUCAGACCUCGAACAGUUGCUCCGCGAGAAGGAGGAAGAACUCGAGGUUUACAAGGCUGGCAUGGACCAGGCCUUGGUCGAGUUGACCGAGCUAAAGCAGACCCAAGGCGAUACAGAUCAUGCGCUAGACGGCCAGAUUGAUGCUCUCAUAAUGGCGAACCUUGACAAGAUCAACGACAUUAUCGACUCAGUACUGCAAGCAGGUGUGGUUCGAGUAGAUGAUGCGCUCUACGAACUGGAUUCGACGAUGCAGGCUGGUAACCAGAACGCUUCGCCGACAUAUGUGCUAUCCCAAGUUGAAAAGGCCGUGGCGAGCGCUUCUGAAUUUGCUACCGCUUUCAACAACUUCAUCGCCGAUGGUCCCAAUGCCAGUCAUGCGGAAUUAAUCAAGGCGACCAACGUCUUCGCGGGGGCUAUCGCAGAUGUAUGCAGCAACACGAAAGGGUUGAAUCGACUCGCUUCCGACGAAAAGAAGUCUGAUCAGCUCAUCAACGGCGCUCGCGCUGCUGCCCAGUCUACCGUCAAGCAUUUCCGUAGCCUUCAAAGCUUUAGGUUAGAAGGCAUGGACCCUCUACAGAAGACUGACGUUGUUGUGAACGGCAGUAGCGACGUUCGUCUAAACCUCCAGAAAUUGACUACUCUGGUGGAGACAUUCGCUCCCUCAGGUCGACUGGCAAACAACAAGGGCGAUAUAGGCGACCUUGUCGACGCCGAACUUAGCAAGGCGGCAGAUGCCAUCGCUGCAGCGGCCGCUCGCCUGGCUAAGCUCAAGAACAAACCUCGUGACGGAUACUCGACCUACGAGCUCAAGGUUCACGACUCGAUACUCGAUGCUGCGACAGCGGUAACCAAUGCCAUUGCUCAGCUCAUCAAAGCCGCUACCACCACGCAGCAAGAGAUCGUCCAGGCGGGCCGUGGAAGCUCAUCAAGGACAGCUUUCUACAAGAAGAAUAACCGAUGGACCGAGGGUCUCAUCUCAGCUGCGAAGGCUGUGGCUACGUCUACCAAUACACUCAUUGAGACAGCAGAUGGUGUCCUCUCAGGCCGCAACAGCCCUGAGCAGCUUAUCGUCGCUUCGAACGACGUGGCCGCCUCGACGGCUCAGCUCGUGGCUGCCAGCCGUGUCAAGGCCGGCUUCAUGAGCAAGAGCCAGGAAAACCUGGAGCAGGCCAGCAAGGCUGUGGGCGCCGCGUGCAGAGCGCUCGUGCGACAGGUGCAGAACAUGAUCAAGGACCGAAACCAAGAGGACGAGGGUGUGGAUUACGCCAAGCUUAACCCGCACGAGUUCAAGGUCCGGGAGAUGGAGCAGCAGGUGGAGAUUCUGCAACUCGAGAACGCGUUGGCUGCCGCGCGACACCGGUUAGGCGAGAUGCGCAAGAUCUCGUACCAGGAGGACUAGAUGCGGGAAGUACCUAGGAGGCGAGAGUAAAAAGUCAAGAGUGAGAGCAGAUUCAGGGGAGGAGAGGUUUUAUACCCCCUUUUUUAGUGGUUAGUCAGUUGUUAGCUGUGUUAUUAUUAUUAUCCAUCUUAUCUUCUCUUACUCUUACUCUUACUCUUACUCUUACUGUGUUUGGCGACCCUUUUUUUUUAUGUAUUUAAUUGUUAUUUUUUUAUGCCUCGGAAGCGGGCUGAAUGUUAGUUAGGUAGUGAGAGGUAGCGAAUAAGCAAAGCAGCACUUCCAUGUCUCCCCUCCCCGGAGACCUGCGCAUAAAUACCUACCUAGGCACCUAACCUAUAUACUCGAAACUAAUGGGUUGCUUUAAAAUAACUUUGCAUAACAGGUAUAAUGUCAUAAUGCACUUGCAUCAGUGUUGCUCCUUUCAAUAUCGGCCCUUACCUGGUAGU